AUUUGCCAAUCCGCCAUAAAACUACAAAAGAAGAAGAAGAAUCUCUCUCGGUUCUCCUGCUGCUCGCGAUCGUUCACUGGCAGCGAAAUGGAUAUUCCGUUACAAGAGGAAAUGUUGAAAAACUGUUUUGUUCUCCUGCUGUUUACAGUGACGCUGAGCUCUCCUGAGACAGACGUUCAGGCUCCUCCGGUCACCAGUCAACCAGAUGCGGCCGCCAUCAGCAACGGUCUUAGCAAUCUCUCUCCCUCUGUACCGCUGUUAAUGCCCAGCAUGAAGAAGCCCUGGCAUCAGGACGUCUCUCAGGACCUGAGGAAUCAUCUAGUGCACAAAGUGGUUCAAGCCAUAGUCCCGGCCCCAGACCCUGCAGUGCUGCUGGACAGCCGCUUUGUGAACUUGGUCACUUACGCAUGUAAUGUGGAAGGGAAGUUGUGUGAGUUUGCAAACAGCAGGGAUGAGUAUUACCACUUUGUUGCUGAGAAGGUCUUCAAGAUCCAGAAGGAGCUGGAGGAGAGGAAGAGAGAAAGAGAAGGUCAAACUGCCAAAGCCGACCAUGAGGACUCAGGAUCCUCAACAGCCUGACCUUCUCCAGCACGACUAUACAGGACCUGAACAAGCAGAUUUGGGACAAACCAAUCAUGUGACGGGGAGAAUUUUGAGCUGGAUCUAAUUUGAGUGUAUAGUAGCAGGCAGAAACGUGUCCCUCUUGAUGUCUGUUAUUUCUGAUUGUUCUUUGCUCAGCUCUUUAUACGGUAUAUUGUUGUUUUAAGUUAUACUGAAUGUUGUUGUUUUAUGUUAUACUGAAGGCUGUAUCAUCUUUGCAAUUUAGAGGAAUAAGUAAGGCUCAAUUCCAAUUCCAAGGUUGAAAAUAUUCCACUACGAAAUGGAGCAAUACGUCAUCAGUCGUUGGCGAUGGCUCUGUAGUUUUUACAGGAUUUAUUCAUGACAGCGACUGACAAUCACCGCAGCUGCUCUUAAAGGAGUAGU